CAUAAAUAUGUAAAUACAGUAUGGCCGAAAGAAGCGGAAGCUUUCUUACUUUCUCGAAUGUUACUUCGUUAUGCGUUUGAGAGAGUUGUAACAUUUCAUUGUUGGAUUCAGUCUCGUGAAUUUAUGAACUCUCAAGCGAAAUGACGUAAACGUUCCCCGAAAUCUUUUGUAGUGUAUUUCGACUGGUUUGAUGAGAAUGUCAUUCGGUUGCCACUGAAGAAAGAGGGAGAGAAAGAAAGAGAAGAAAGAUGUUGUGUUUAUAUCUCGGCGACUAGGACACUUUCGUGAACUCUGAGUACAGGGCGAGGAUGGAAUGCAACGAACGGAAGCAUCAGUGUACAAAUUGACGCUAUGCCGCGGCAAUCUUACACCGCGUGCCCAGACGUUUCGCUUGUUGACGAUGUCAAAGCUGUAGGUACUGUCAUGGACACAGAUGUAGAGCUUGGCAAAAGUGAAGGGUGCGAAACUAUCCCGGGGUGCUCCGGUUACUCUAGCAUGGUACACAGUAAGAAAGUCAUUAAACAUGCCUUACGACAGCAAGCCAAACGGCGUAGGAAGAACACGACAAUAGCGGCUGGCAAUUCUCGCACAUUGCCUAGGAUUGUUGUCAAACCGUUACCACCACCGCCGCCAAACGAUCCACCAUCUCCAGUUAAUAAUGUGCAACACAUCAAUACUGCAGCGGAAGAACCUGCUGCCACAAUGAGAGAAGUUUUGGCUAGUUUACCUGGAUUUAGUUUGAAGUCAAGUCGCAGACGAUCUACAAAGAGAUUGUCAGCAACUGCGCAAUUAGAAGCUGGUCUUGUAGAUUUGGAAUCACCAGCAAGCAUAUUAGCAAGUACAAGCUUACGUGCUCUAUUAAAUAGGCAUACAUUUCAAGGUUUACCUCCACUGUAUCAACGGAAACUUGCGCAACUUCUACCUGCUGUAGAUAGACAGGAUGCUGCUAUCUCUGGAUUAAACAAUGAAUUCUUCGCAAGAGCUUGUCUAGAAUGGCGGAAACGUUUAGCCGAAGGAGAAUUCACUCCUGAAAAUCAGCAACGCCUGAAAAUGGAAGCGGAGCGGGACAAGAAUAAGUUAGAUCCAUGGAAAGUGAAACACUUCGAACCGAUAUGGGGCGAAAAACGAGAACCUAAACUCAAAUCGAGUCUCCAUUAUAUCACCGAGUCACGUUCUAGUGGUGCAGUGACACGUUCGAGUUUAAGACUUCGUCUGGAGUCUAAUGUGGAUAUCCCUGCAUCGGAACAUGCUGUCUGUCCUAUCGUGAUGACAGAAGAUAAGGUCGACACCAGCUGCAAGACCGAAAUCAGUAUAAAGAGUUCCGAUUUGGCUAAUUCUGAAGAAGCGCAACAAAAUCUACUGCCUUUGGAUUAUAAUGCAUUACCGGAGCACUUGACUGACGAGAAACACUUGGACGAUCCUCUGCAGAUAAGUUCUGUAGAUGUGGCGGAAGAUAUUCAAAUGCAUGAAAGUAAAGCCGAAGAAAUUGACAAGAUCACGGAUAUUUGUGAGAAGCAGGAUAUAGCUGAAGUUAGCGACAUUACGAGGCAAGUUUGUCAAGAAAACAUCUCGAAUAUCUACGACGAAGAAACGGAUUUCUCCUCCGGCGAGAAGAAUUUGCAACCUGUAGAAAAUAAUGUAAUAGAAGCGUCGGAGGAAGACACUGUGUUAUUGCCGGAUGAUAAUUCGUCGCCCAGAUCUAAUGAACAGAUAGAGCGCGCGUCGCAUACGUCCGCGGAUUCAAUUUCGCAGUUAUCCAACGAAUAUAUAUCGCAAACAUCCAUAGAUCAAAUUUCUCAAAUCUCGAAAGAACAGAUCUCGCAAAUAUCUAACGAUCAAAUUUAUCAAAUAUCGGAUUGCGAGACCACGAGUAUCCUUGACAAUUCAUCGCCGCAAGAUCAAGUCAGGCCCGCGGAUAUCGUCAUGGAGGACACCAGUCUGAUGAACAGCGAUCAAACUGAAGUAACACAGGCUUCGCAUGAGAAUCCGGCGGACAGCGAAUCUCACAUUCCAGAAGAAAUGGAAAUUGACAGCGAAACUUUGCAGCGUAUUCACGAACUCGAGGUACGGGGAGAAAUGCGCGAAAUGUAUGAAGAGAUUUCGGGAUGUCCGGAAGAGAUAAUAUACCCCAUUCUUGAGGGAAUGGAAAUGGCUUCGACCAAUGCGGAAGUAACGGAGUCGCAAGUUGUAUCCGGACAAACUGAAGACACUAGGGAAACAGACAUAAAUGCCGGUAACGAAGAUGAAGCUCUUCGGGAGGCGAAUAAUUAUGUCUGCUCUGAAAUGCUAGAAUGCAGCUGGACGGUGGAUCCGACUGUUAACAAUAUCAGUAACAACAAUAACAGGGCGCAAGAGGAGCUGCAGGUACCCUGGCCUUUGGUGGCAGCUGCGCUCGACGGAUCUGUAGCGGCUAAUAUCACAGUAACAACGCAGGAUGAGUGCAGCGAAACCUCGACGACGACCGACUCUACGAGUGGUUCGCAGCAAUUUAUUAACGCGGAUACUAAUGUAGAAUCCGUCAACUGUAUUCAGUUGCCGGUUGUUCAAGGAGCCGCGUUUCAAUCGGACGGCUUAGCCAUCGGCACGCCGGGAAACAGUUGCGUGAUGAAGAGCUUGCAGUCGCAGAGUCCGCCGAUUAUCGCGUUUCCGCAGCUGCAGUCCAUCAGAUUCGUGCAGACCAACUUCAGUCCGGAGCAGGAGACGGCAUCCUCGCUGACAAACAACUCGCCCGCGAUCUCGGCCCAACUUCAGCCCCAGCCAAGCGCCGCCCCUCAGGUUAACAUGAUACGAACGCAGGAUACCAACACUCAACUAAGUGCUCAAAACGGCAAUGCACGUAAUAACGUGAAUCAGAACACCAUCGCGACGCAGGGUCAAGUGCAAAAUGCUCUCCCGACUGCAAUGGGAGUGCAGCCUCAGAAUCGCGCGCAGAACGCGAUCGUUAUUCAACACCAAACUACAACGUCUGCCCGACAAAUUGCAGCGGCUGUGCAUCAACAGCAACCGCAGCAGCAGCAGCAGCAACAACAACAGCAGCAGCAGCAGCAGCAGCAGCAGCAGCAACAACAACAACAACAACAAUAUGCUGGACCAUCCAUAACUGUCUCAUCGCGACCAUCACGUGUAUCGAAUCAAGGCAGCCAAAGAGGCUCACGGAGCAGUAAUAAAGAACAAGGUGGAGGUAGAUCGAGAAGUUCUACGAAAGAACCUCCGGGUGCUGUCAAUUUGGAGCGCAGUUAUCAGAUAUGUCAAGCGGUCAUACAAAGCUCACCGAAUAGAGAUCAAUUGAAAGCCCAUUUAAAGCCACCACCUAGUUUGCUCGCUAAAGGAGAUGGUGCAUUUACAACUAGUAAAUCUGGCGGACGCACCCUGACGACAGUCAAACCUCAGAAAACGCAGCAAGCGAUACAAAAUAAACAAGCUCAAAAUAAGACGCAAGCCGUCAUGCUGAGACAUGUAUUCCCUACAGCGCGUCAGGCUACAUCAACGGAGGUUACAGAAAGCACUCCUAUAGCGCAGCUUGGUUCCACCACCAGCAACGGUCUCGGGCAAUACAUACUUGUACAAAGAACGGGAGUCGGAGACAGUGCGCCAAGAGCGUCAUCCGCUCCUCCAGUACCGCCGCAGAUCGCAGGGAUGGGCGUUGGGGUCCAUUUGGUGCGAGGGAGACCGGCGAGCGCCGGGGAGGGUUCUCACCAGGCGGUUACCCUGAAAGCGAGAGGCGCGGAUAGUAGAGUGACGGGCGGCGCGGAACCCGGUGCACCCGGUAUGAUAAUUGGCGGCGAUCCUCCACCACCCUGUGAAUGUAAUAUGCGUGGAGCCAUGGUAAUUUGUCGGCAGUGUGGUGCCUUCUGCCAUGAUGAUUGCAUCGGGCCUCAACGUAUCUGUGCUACCUGCCUCAUACGUUAAUCAUUCUUCAUCCAACCAUACGUGUAUAAAUUUCAAUCCGUUAUAAGAUAAGAGUGCUCGACAUUCGGUCGGUGGAUCGUCAGGAAAAUAUCUAAACAUGUUAAUGUAUUCAGAAAUUUACUGUAACACAAUAUUGUAAGGUCCCUUGCAGAGAAUUUUGGUAAUGUGUUUAGAAAUGCGAACAAAAUUGUGCGACAAAAUGUGAUGAAAAAAAUUGGAGGCCAAAUUUCCACGACAGUAGUAUUGAGCAUAGCUUGUUUUAGUAAAUUUUAAAUAAAUGUUAUCUACUUGACUAAGUUCGCAUAAAAUUAUUUAAUCUGAAAAUUAUGUCUAGCACUCUUAUAUUAACGGAAGUUAUUGCAGGAUAAGGGUGAUAAAGGAUACAGUUGUAGGUAUUGAAAUAUUCAAUUAGCUAUGCUGUACAAUAGAUAAGAUAUAAAUCUUUAUUUUAUAUUAUUCUGUUGUCUUGCCUAUCACUGUUUUAUUAAAAAUUGGUGAGUAUCUCUAAUGCAUUGCUAACAAAUAAAUUAUACACAUUUCUAAAUGGAUUUUACAUUCAUUUAUUUUUUUAUCAUAAUAAUUUUAUUA